AUUUUUCGGCUCAUUCCACCAAAAUGCGUGCUACCAGCAUGAUGGCCGGCGUCAGCGCGAUUGCGGUCUUAAUCUACGCGGUGUGCUGCUCAGAAGAGACGAGCGGCGAGCCACACUACAGAUACAGCAGGGGAGUCGUCGUGGGAAACAUCAAACACUUGAUAAGAAAGAUGGAAUGUACCACCGACAGCAAUUGCAAACGGUGGCCCAAGACGUCGUGCGGCGAAGAUCCGGUAGACCACCGGAAACGAUGCUUGUGUGCUGACCAGACACAUCCGAUUAACGAAAAUUGCAUAACACAACCACAAGAGCUGGGACAGCCCUGCGAGCGGGAUGUUCAAUGCAUCCAACUGGCCAAAUGCGAGGUGAACCUGACCGUGGGAGAUACUAAAGUGUGUCAAUGCAGGGAAGAGUUUUACACCGAAGACGACGGUACCUGUAGUAGCGCAAUGCAAGCCGUGAUAUCGACGUACUUGGCAUUUGUGGUCGCCGUUAUUUUUCACAGCAAUUAUUAAAAAUCGCAAAAUACCUAGUUUUGGAUAGUUCAACCACACACGUUAGAGUAAAUUUAUUAUAAUAAAAAGUACGUUGUAAUGUUUUUCUUUUUUUCAUAUAAUUUAUUUUAAUUUUUUUUUGUAAAGAAUUGCCGAUAUUGUGUUGCCGGUCGCUCCUCCGAAUUGCAAUGUCGGUGUCGGUAUAGUUUGCAUGAUUUCGAAAACUGCGAGUAAUAACAAUAAAAAAAUAAACAAAUAUAUUCAUAUUUAGAUGAAAAAUAUUUUUAUAUCGUUUUAACCUAUUAGUCAUUACCAUCGCUAAAUUGAUCAUUAAGUUCUUGCUGCGUCCAAUUGCAGCUGACUAUCAGGAACAUACCGUUUGGCUGUAAUAAAUUAACUAUGUUUUCCUUGUAUAUGUUUCUUUUUUCUUUAUUUUCAUCGUUCAUACCAAUCACAUCGUAAGUGCCUUUGUCCAAAGCCAAUCUAAACAACGGCAGUGUUUUCACACUGUCGGUAAGAAAGUCAAACACUUGUAGUUUGAUGCAAUUAAUAUUCUGUUCUUGAAUUAUGGAAUUUGCUAGUUUUACAGCCGGAGCAGAAUAAUCUAUACCAUAAAGGUUAGUGAAACCCAAUUUUGCCUAAUACAAAAUAACAAAAUACAAAAAUAUAGUUUAGGCGUGAAUUAUACUUUGUGAUAACUGAUAAAAAUAAAAACAUUACUAAUUUGGAUAAUAGUAAAGCGUUGCCGCAUCCAAUGUCUAAAAUAAGCUCUUCUGGACCAACGGAACAGUUAGUUUGUAUACAGCUGCGAACAUAUUUAUUAUUUUGUAAUUUUUAAACGAAAAAAAAAAUAAAAAACUUCUUUUUGAGU